AUGCCCUUUCUGUGCCAUAAACAUUUUGUAGACGACCUUGAAUACAUCAAGAGCAAAAAUAUAGCCGAAAUAUUUGAGGGACUCUUAGGUUACGUUUAUUUCGAAAAGCCACAAAACGUAGUGGAGUCAUUAAUUGGAGAGCUGAAAAAAUUAGAGAAGAAAAAUAAUGUGAAAAAAGUGUUCGAUGCGGAAGACAUAAAGGCAGUGUACAACUUUUUAAAUUUACAAAAUGAGAAAUGUAUAUCUAGAGAAAAGUGCAUUCUAGGCCUGAGUCAAUUCGUGCUGAACAAUAAACAGAGGGAAUUUAUGGAAAGUGCAAAAAUCGCAAGCGAUGUCAACCUAGAAGUUUUCACUUCCUACGCUGAAAAAAUCAUUAAUUUGUAAAAAGGCUGAGUUGCCAAAGAGGGAACGCUUUAAAGAAGUGGUAAAAUACUUUUAACCUGCUCGGAAGACAUGUCUCUGGUUUGAAAAAGGUUCACUCGAUUGCUGGGCCCCCGGAAGGUGCGGCUUUUACCAAUGCGAUUUAUUUGAACGUGUAUGUUUCUAAUUUUAUCAUUGUGUGCGACUUUUCUGCUUUUACGUUAUACCUCUUGUCAACUCUGCAACAUGGGAAGAGAGCAAGAGUACGACACUAAACACGGUGCACAAACCUUUUUAAACAUAUCGGUUGACUGCGCGAUAAGCAACUUUGUCCACACGGCGAAAAAUUAAGUCCACUUCGCAAGGGUGACAUCUGUGCCCUCAUUAGAUUUGACAACAGAUGGGCAAGAAAUGGCAGCACUUGCAAAAGGUUUAGUCUUAAUGA